GACUUUGGUGCAUAAUCCAAUCCAAUCCAAUGUUGUGUUCGCCGCGAAAUCGGCGUUGUAGUACUUCUGCAGUUUGCAAUCUUCUUUGAUAUUUCAUGCCUUCUAUUGUGUAGAGCAUGGUCCGUGCCCGCGUGAAACGCUGAAAGGCUGUCUGUGCCGUCUCUGCACUCUUCUUCACAUCCUGGACGACACUCGUUCCCUUAAAGGGCCUUCAUGGAUAUUGCCAGACAUCAGUACCGUUCACAGUCCUCUGAAGAGGACGACUCGUGUGACGAGGAUGAAACCUGUUGGAAGAGACAAGCCACUGAAGGCCCAGGUGGUGCCCCCCGGGCUGUUCGUGCAAGGAAGGUCAACAAUAUCUGGGGUUCCGUGCUCCAAGAGCAGAUACUGACAGAGACACUGGGCAGCUGCUCCGUGGAAAAGGCCUGGACCAAGGGUGACAGGGCUUGCGAGAGCUACGACUUCCGGCGGAAGGCCCUCGAUACCCGAGAGUCGCCACCGGCAUCCCCGAAAGGGUGUAAACGUCCCGUUCAUGAACGAUUGGGAAAAAGGACACCCACAGAAGAAGAUGAGGUUCCACCGUCGAAAGAAGCCCGCCUUGCAGAGCAAAUGGCAGAGAAGUUACAAGAACCAAAGAAAGACCUUCUAGAGCGCGUUGUCCGCAUCCUGGGAGAGACCAAAGCUCAGCAGUUGCUGAGCAUGACUGAAGACAUUGAAUCUGCUGGGGGUCUUCUUACGCUGGAUGGCAGCAGACGACGCACAGCAGGGGGAGUCUUCUUCCAUCUCAUAAAGUCUGACAAUCGCUUGGUGCGGUCACGAGAAAGGAGGGCCAUUUUUGCCAACGAAGAACGGUUCAAGUUUGUUUCUAAAAAGCAGCCAAAACGCAAGCCGAAGCCAGCUGCAACUGGAAGUGAAGAUACGUCUCCAAAGACAUCUAGGGAGACUUCUAGGGAGACGUCUAGGGAGCAGACUCCCGAACCUAUUGCACCAGAUGAAGAGGACGCAGUGGAAAAAGAACCACUUGAAGAAGGGGAAAUCACAGACUAAAAAUUGUGUGUGUGUGUGUGUGUGUAAAGACUUGUGGGGUAACUUUUUCUUCUUUCUCAUCUUUUCUUUUAUGUCCUGGACCAUGUGUGGACAGUUGAGUGGUUGAAGCCUAGCGUUGUGAAAGACAAUAGUAAAAGUAAAACUUGAAAGUAA